CCGCAAGAUGGCGGCUCCCAUAGAGGAGUUGGUGGCUUCCCUGACUGGGCCGGACCAGGAGCCCUUCGAGGCGCUACAGGCUCUGAAAACGGCGGUUCUGGCUCUGCCUAUCAGCACCCUGAGGGAGAGGGUCCCGGAGCUCCGGCUGGGCGGGAUAUUCUCUCUCUUGAACGUAAAUGACAGGGAGCAGAUUGCUCUGUGUGUUGUGAUAUUGGAGCGGUUCCUCCAGGCCUUGGAGCCAGUUGACAUCGCCAGAAAUUAUAAGGAGGAGCUUCAAAGAGGGCUUUACCACCCCGACGAUUCUGUCAAGAUCCUCGCCAUAACCCAGGUGGGGAGGAUCGUGGAAUGUUCCGCGGCGUUGGCUGAAAUUUUCAACAACCUGGAGCUGCUCAAACAGAUAAUCCUGAGCAUUGGAGGAGACAAGUUGUCCGUGGCUAAGGAGGCAAUUAAAUCAAUUUCAAAAAUAGCUCAGACCACAUCUGGCUUAGAUGUACUGUUCAGCAGCAACUUAUUGACCGAACUUAAGAAUGUCAUGGCAAUUAGCGACAUUGUGCGGUAUCGUGUAUAUGAGUUGGUGGUGGAGAUCUCCUCUGUGUCUGCAGAGUCGCUGGGGUACUGUGUAACCAGUGGGUUAGUCCCUCAGCUGCUGGAAGAGUUAACUGGGGAUGAUGUAUUGAUCAGAGUCACCUGCACGGAAAUGGUAACAUCCUUGGCCACCACUCUGCACGGGCGCCAGUAUCUGGCACAGCAAGGAAUCAUUGAUAAAAUAUCCAACAUGAUUCUUGGGGCCGACUCAGAUCCCUUCUCCGGAUUCUAUUUGCCAGGGUUGGUGAAGUUUUUCGGUAACCUCGCUGUGGUGGACAGCCCGCAGCAGAUCUGUGAGCACUAUCCGGCGUUCCUCCAGAAAGUCUUCGAUAUGGCAGAAGGCCAAGACGUCACCAUGCUGGGAGUAGCUGUAGACACACUCGGAAUCCUGGGCUCUAAUCUGGAAGGGAAGCAAGUUCUGCAGAAGACAGGGAGUAAGUUUCAAACCAUUCUGAAGAGGAUUGGACACCAUGCCAAAAACUCCUCCACUGAAAUGAGGGUGCGGUGCCUGGAUGCCUUAUCCUCUCUCUUCUACCUCCCAGAAGACUGCCACACAGAGGAUCUUUUAGCCAUGGCCAGAACGUGGUUUCAUUCGUUAUCAGCCCAGCCAAUGGAUCUCUUCCGAAGCAUUGCCAGCCAGCCAUUCCCUGAGCUGCACUGCGGGGCCUUGAAAGUCUUCACUGCCAUUGCCAACCAGUCGUGGGCGCAGAAGCUGAUGAUCGAAAGCCCCGGCUUUAUAGAAUACGUUGUCGAUCGAACCGUCGACCCCGACAAGGAUUCCAAGGACGCCAAAUUCGCACUGGUGAAAGCACUCGCCGGCUCCAAAACCGUUGCAGCCACGAUGGGGAACCCGCAUUACCUGAUGCUGCGCGCCUACCUCCGGGAGGGCCCGUACUACAUUAAGGCCGUCUCUUCUGUGGCCGUCGAAGGGGCUGAGUAGAAGAUGCUGGAGAAGAAUAUUUGCACUAUGCUGGGAACCAAUCAAACGUGGUGCUUGGAGCAGCCUGAACCACCAUGGAAGAUGGGUGACCAAAGGAGCGCUUCUUUUUGCUACAGAAAAGGCCUGUAACUUCCAUUGUGCCUGUUAGUCGGCUUAGUAAAUGCUGGAUGUUCUGGUGACAAACUGAUUGCUAGCUCUUCGUAUUCUCAAGUUGCUUAUUAUGUAAGGUGAGCAGAUGUUUGUAUGAGUGCCUAGUGCUUUGCUAGAGACUCCAUUUGCCCUGUUCCAUCUGCCAAUGAGCUUCUCCAUAGUAUUUGAAAGGGGUGUACGAUAUGCCAGUACAGUUGCAGGUAUAGGGUACUGUUAGCACAGACCAUUGCUUAUUUCUAUACCUAGAGAUGGGAGGUGCCAUAUUGUUUUAAUUAGACGGGUAUAUGUCUAAGGAAAACAGUAUGGCAGUUCCCACCUAUGUGUAUAAAGAGAAAUAAUGUGCUUUGUACACAAUAAUCUGUACCUCCAUACUGAAUGUUACUGGGUAUUUUAGCGAAAUAAAUCAUAUCAAUGACAUUA